AUGGAGAACUCUCGCAUCACCACCAGCAGCACCGGGCAAUAUGAUCUGCUUCUGGCCAUGUCCCAGGACAGCAUCAACGAGGCGCUUAAAGCUAUGUGGGAUGUUGAAGGAGACAACAUCGCAAAAAUUUCGAUCGACGGCAAUGAAUAUGGAAUCGUUGCCCGCAUUGAAGCCACGAUCGAGGCGCCUAACAUACAGGUCAUUGCCGACGGUACCGGCAGGGGAACGGUCCUCUUCCGCUUGACAUUCUCCACGGACAGCAAAGCCUUCCUUUGGAACACCAAGACCAAGGGUAGUGAGGAAAUCAACAUCACUGGUUACUAUAUCGCAUUCAAGGUGGACAUUGGUGAGCGAAACAUGUCUAAUCGCACCCAGCCAGGGAGCGUCAAUCUGCUGACCCCUUUCACAGCGCUCAAUGACAUACACGCGGAGGUUCUUCGUCUUAACACCAAGCUUGGAGACAGUGACGUCAAAUCCGAGGCGAAGAAGAAGUAUCAAGAGGAGCUCGAGAAGGCCGAAAUGACCAUCAAAAGGUUCGGCGAUCAGGCUGGAGAUUUCUCCAUUCAACGCCUGUUCCUAGACCUAGCUACGGCCGACAUAAGUUCUCUCCCUGCGUCAGAGAUAUCCCUCGGCUCAAUGACGCCGGCGCAGGUUACCACAUUCUCCGUCUUACUUCAACAGUGGUUGACGGAGAACAAAAGCUCGGGACACACAACCCUGGGUUAUGGCCUAUCUAUUGACAAAGAUAAGGCCAAGAGCUAUAAGGUGGCGGACAUUCUCAUGCCCACGUGGGUUGAGAUGCAGACGUACCCAUACAAAGCAAGUGCUACCGACCAGCCGAUUCUUGGCUGGACCGGAGACGCUGCGAGAAACUGCCUAACAUACUGUAACAUGACUGAAAACCGCCUCGUAUCGGGAGAACGGCUCCUGGCGUGGAGUGGCAACUUCACCACAAUCGAUCGUGACAAGGAGAGGCGCGUCGACGGCAGCGCGGUCAUCAGGAGAGCCUUGUUCCUGGAUAAGUUUGUUCUCCCGAUGCUUCACCAGUACAACGAUGACAUGCAAAUUGUCGCUUCUAGCAUGGAGCUCCUUCGUGAUGGUCCGGCAGGCCAACGACGGUUUCACUGGAAGUACGCGUCAUUCUUGGGAAAGAACCCACAGCAUACCCAGUACACUGACUCUUACUACAACUUUCGAGAGAACCAGAAGGACGCAAACUUGAACCAAACUACUGGCCGUCUCUUCUAUGAGGAAGCUCGGAGCAGAGGAUACCUCGGAAUCUCGCACGCGGAUGGGGUGUCUUGGUCUUGGUCUCAGAACUGCGAUACUGGGGAGAAGAAGGAGGCGGACGAUUGGACGAGUCCCAUUUCUUGGCAAGAUCACUUCUCCGGCCGAAACACAAGUUUCAGUGCUGUCGAUAUUGUCCCUAUACCUGGUCAAGGCCGAAUCCGGAUCCAAGGUUACAGUGAGGCGAAAGUAACCUACGGUGGCGAAUACACGCGAUUGAUACAAGCAAACCUGGUUUACGAUGGAAAAAUAACAUAUGUCGUUUACUGGCAGGUCGACAUUGUGCUUGAAUCGACGCAGGAUAAAGGCAUUACGACUAAGUUUGAGAACCAGCAUGUUUUCUCAUUUGAAGAUAUCCGCGAGACUGGCAACAAUGAUGGCACUUCCGCAAUAUCGUUCGUCGACACCUUGAAGAACAAUGUCGAGGGCAUGCUCAACAAGAAGGAGUCAAUCUACAAGGCCAUCAAUGAUUCCCUGGUUGCAACUGGGAAGUUCACCCAUCCAGCUGCCGGCGAGUUCAACCUGAAAGAUCCGAUGUUCAACCGUCAAGGCGAUCUACUGAUGACGGCGCAGUACAUAGCGCCAAAGAAGGGCUCUCUCCAGUUUUCCAUGCCCGCAAUUGGAGCUGAGGUCAAGCAAAGGGAUCCCACCGUAGACAACUCCGUGAAGGCGGUGGGCGACGCUAUUGCAGAGCUGGGAAAGAAAGGCGGCAAAUAA